ACCGGGGGCCCGAACGCACCAGGGCCCAUCGUGCAUAGUGAAAGUAGUCAAUCCACUUUGUUUUUUGGACUCUCGGGGAGCGGGGAGGGAGAGCUUAACCUAAAGCACAGUGAGCCGGGUCUAGUAGGGCUCCGGUGUGGAUCAUCAGCAAACGUAACCUGUGGACCCGAGCUGCCUGGUAGCGCUUCUUCACGGUUGAACCCUAACCUGAACGUAUUAGUCGGUUUAAGCUCAGGUUGUCACAAUGACGCGAAUCCUCAAGACGCUGCCCUGGGUGCUGUUGCUGUGUCUGCUGAUUGCACUGACACUUCGCACCGCACAAGCGUACGAUCCAACCGACAAGGAGAUCCCGAACAUCGUUCCACCGAAAGGCACGUUCGAAGCGUUCUACCCCCGGGAGAUGUACGGCGUAAAGAAUGGGAAUGCAAGGCCUGCCCAUGCCCACGGUAGCUUCUACGCGCACCGCAAUCCGGCCCUGGUGGAGGUCCGCAAUGCAGCCGCCUACGGAUUCCGGUUCGAUGGUAAGCGACGGUUCAAUUUCGACUAGAUCGCGCGCUCCUACCGAUGAUGCCUCUGUAGUUCGGAUAUGAACAUCAAUUUGUUUUUUCAAAUAAAAUUUUAGCAACGCAA